AUGGCUUUCUCGGCUCUUGAGUUCACUGUUCGAAGAAGAGAACCUGAACUGAUAGUUCCGGCUAAACCCACACCGUACGGAUCUAAAUUCUUGUCGGACAUUGAUGAUCGAAAAGGUCAUCGCUUCCAUACACCUACUAUUCAUUUUUAUAGAAACAAGAGGGAUAUUUGUAUGGCUAGUACUUGCAAGAUAGAUAACAUUGUCGAUGUCAUUAAGAAGGCAUUAGCAAAUACACUUAUUUUUUACUACCCAUUUGCGGGUAGGCUUAGAGAAGCUCCUGGAGAAAAGCUACUUGUAGAAUGCACUGGUCAAGGUGUGUUGUUUGUCGAGGCUGAUGCUGAUUUUAGUCUCAGUCAAUUGGGUGGUGAUUUCUUAAAACCUCCAUUCCCUUAUUUGGAACAGCUUGUUUAUGCCCCGGCUGAAGCUGAAGAUAUCCUCCACUGCCCUUUGUUAUUCAUACAGGUGACUAGGCUUCUGUGCGGGGGGUUCAUUAUUGGAUUUAGCAAUAACCAUACUAUUUGUGAUGCGCAAGGUUUACACCAAUUCAAGACGGCUCUAGCUGAAAUUGCUCGAGGGGAACCCUAUCCAUCUAUGCUUCCGGUGUGGGAAAGAGAAUUACUGAAUGCUCGAGACCCACCACAAGUUACGUUUGCACAUCAAGAGUAUGAUGUUAUAGCAAAUUAUAAAGAAAAAUUUAUAUCCCUUGAUGACAUGGUUCAACGCUCUUUCUUUUUUGGCCCCAAGGAAUUGACAGUUCUAAGACAACGUGUACCCCCUCACCAGCAAGCAUGCACCACCUUUGAGUUCCUCACAGCGUGGUUGUGGAGAUGUCGCACAGUUGCAAUUGGAUAUGAUCCUAAGGAAGAAGUACGUGUGGCAAUUGCAGUUAAUACACGUGGGAAAUUUCAUUCACCAUUACCUACAGGAUUUUACGGCAACGCAGUUGCAUAUCCUGUGGCAGUAUCAACAACAGAGAAGUUGAUCCAAGAUCCCUUGAGUUACGCACUGGAGUUGGUGAAAAAAGCAAAGGAUGAAGUGAAUGAAGAAUACAUAAGAUCAACAGCGGAUCUAAUGUCAAUAAAAGGGCGGCCUAUCAUUUCUACGGUGCGGACCUAUUUUGUGUCAGAUUUGAGACGUGUGUGGAAUGCUGAUGAGGUUGAUUUUGGGUAUGGAGAAGUAGUGUACGGUGGGCAAGCAAUAGGUAAUAAACCAACUUCAAAUCAUUGGAUGUCAAGUUAUUAUAUGUCCCACAAGAACAACAAAGGAGACAAAGGUAGUCUAGUAUCAGUUUGUUUGCCGACUCUUGCCAUGAAGAAGUUUGUUGUAGAGAUUGAAAGCAUGCAUAAUGAUUAA